AUGCCCAGCGCAACGGGUCAAAGCUGGGAGAAGUACAAGAAGGAAUUUGUGGAUGACGAGGAGCCAGAGAAGAAGAUCACCCCUCUAACAGAUGAGGACAUCCAGGUGCUUAAAACCUAUGGAGCGGCCCCUUACGCCGCUGCGCUCAAGAGGCUCGAGAAGGAGAUCAAGGACAAGCAAACCAGCGUCAACGAGAAGAUCGGUGUCAAGGAAUCCGACACAGGACUUGCUCCUCCCCAUCUUUGGGACGUCGCAGCGGACAGACAACGAAUGUCGGAAGAGCAGCCAUUACAAGUCGCACGAUGUACCAAGAUCAUUCAGGACGAAAAAGACAGCGAGAAGAGUAAAUAUGUCAUUAAUGUCAAGCAAAUUGCCAAGUUCGUGGUCAACCUCGGGGAACGAGUCAGCCCUACAGAUAUCGAGGAAGGCAUGCGGGUAGGAGUCGAUCGCAAUAAGUACCAGAUCUUACUACCGUUGCCGCCGAAGAUCGACCCCAGUGUUACUAUGAUGACAGUUGAAGAUAAGCCUGAUGUCACCUACGGAGAUGUAGGAGGUUGCAAAGAGCAGAUUGAAAAGUUGAGGGAGGUUGUUGAAAUGCCACUACUCUCGCCGGAACGAUUUGUGCAUCUUGGGAUAGACCCUCCAAAAGGAGCACUUCUCUACGGACCGCCAGGUACUGGUAAAACACUCUGUGCCAGAGCUGUUGCCAAUCGAACCGACGCAACCUUCAUCCGAGUCAUUGGAAGCGAACUUGUGCAGAAGUAUGUUGGGGAGGGCGCACGAAUGGUACGUGAGUUAUUUGAAAUGGCACGCACAAAGAAAGCUUGCAUAAUCUUCUUCGACGAGAUCGAUGCCAUCGGUGGCGCCCGGUUCGAUGAUGGUGCUGGUGGUGAUAACGAGGUGCAAAGGACUAUGUUGGAGCUCAUUACCCAGCUCGACGGGUUUGACUCGCGUGGCAACAUCAAGGUCAUGUUCGCUACAAACAGACCAUCUACUCUGGACCCAGCCUUGAUGAGGCCUGGACGUAUAGAUCGAAAGAUUGAAUUCUCGCUGCCUGACUUGGAUGGACGAGCCAAUAUCCUCCGAAUCCAUGCAAAGAGCAUGUCCGUGGAAAGGGACAUCCGUUGGGAGCUCAUCUCCAGAUUGUGCCCGAAUGCCACUGGAGCGGAACUGCGAAGUGUCGCAACUGAAGCUGGGAUGUUUGCAAUCCGAGCAAGAAGGAAAGUCGCCACGGAGAAGGACUUUCUGGCAGCUGUGGACAAGGUCAUCAAGGGCAAUUUGAAGUUCAACUCGACAGCGACAUAUAUGCAAUACAAUUAA